CCCUUUCUCUCACUUCUUCUAACUCCUUUUGCUUUCACUUAGUUUUCUGCUGCGGAAAUAAAGGGGAAUCUCCACUGUUCUUCCAUCUUCGUCUUCCUUCAGUAUUCUGGAUUAGCUCCUCCAACGGUCACUUAACUGGAGAUGCUUCCUUUGGUCUCAUUGUUUCUUCUCCUUCUCUGUAAUCGUUUUUCGACUGUGACUUCUCUAAAUGCCGAAGGCUCUGUGCUUUUGGCUCUUAAGCAGUCCAUCACUGACCCAGAAGGGUCUAUGAGUAACUGGAAUUCUUCUGAUGAAAACCCCUGUUCGUGGAAUGGGGUUAUAUGCAAGGAACGGAGUGUCAUUUCUCUCAGCAUUCCAAAGGGGAAGCUUUACGGCUCGCUUCCUUCUUCUCUGGGGUCUCUUUCUCAGCUUCGCCAUGUGAAUUUCAGGAACAAUAAGCUCUUUGGGAAGUUGCCUCCUGAGCUAUUCGCAGCACAGGGACUGCAAAGUUUAGUCCUUUACGGCAAUUCCUUUUCUGGGCCUGUUCCACAAGAGAUUGGGAAGCUCAGGUACCUUCAAACCUUAGAUUUAUCACAAAAUUUCUUCAAUGGGUCUUUACCUGCUACAAUUGUCCAAUGCAAGAGACUCAGGUCCCUUGUUCUGAAUUACAACAAUUUCACCGGUUCUCUUCCGGAUCGAUUUGGUACUGAUUUGUUCUCUCUGGAAAAGCUUGACCUUGCUUUCAAUCACUUCAACGGCUCAAUUCCUAGUGAUAUGGGGAAUCUAUCUCGUCUACAAGGAACUGUAGAUUUAUCUCAUAAUAGUUUUUCUGGCUCAAUCCCACCCAGCCUUGGUAAUUUGCCUGAGAAGGUCUAUAUUGAUCUUACUUUCAACAAUUUGAGUGGUCCGAUACCACAAAAUGGUGCUUUGAUGAACAGAGGACCAACAGCUUUUAUAGGCAACUCUGGUCUCUGCGGACCUCCGUUGAAGAACCCUUGUUCUUCAGAAACUCCUGGUGCUAGCUCGCCUUCCUCGUUCCCAUUUCUGCCAGAUAACUACCCACCUGGGUCUUCUGGUAAUCCUUAUAUGAGGAAUGAGAAAACCAAAGGGUGGAGUAAGGGUGCUAUUGUAGGCAUUGUUGUGGGUGAUAUAGUUGGAAUUUGCCUCUUGGGUCUGUUGUUCUCUUACUGCUACUCAAGGGUCUGUGGGUUUAAUCUGGAUAAUGAAGAUGAAGCUGGUUUUGAGAAGGGAGAGAAAGGAAGGAGGAAAGAGUGUUUUUGCUUCAGAAAGGAUGAAUCUGAGACCUUAUCAGAGAAUGUUGAGCAAUAUGAUCUUGUCCCGUUAGAUGGUCAAGUGGCAUUUGAUUUGGAUGAGCUUCUCAAGGCUUCAGCUUUUGUUUUGGGGAAGAGUGGAAUAGGCAUUGUCUACAAGGUAGUGCUCGAAGAUGGGCUUACCUUAGCUGUGAGAAGAUUAGGCGAAGGUGGUUCUCAAAGGUUUAAAGAAUUCCAGACAGAAGUGGAAGCAAUAGGAAGAUUGAGGCAUCCUAACAUUGUUACUCUUAGAGCUUAUUAUUGGUCUGUUGAUGAGAAACUUCUCAUCUAUGAUUAUAUACCCAAUGGAAAUCUUGCUACAGCAAUUCACGGGAAGGCUGGAAUAGUUGCAUUCACGCCACUUUCUUGGUCAUUUCGGCUGAAAAUCAUGAAAGGAAUUGCAAAAGGAUUGGUCUACCUGCAUGAGUUUAGCCCCAAAAAAUAUGUCCACGGAGACCUGAAACCAAGUAACAUACUGCUUGGGCAUAACAUGGAACCCCACAUUUCUGAUUUUGGACUUGGAAGACUUGCAAAUAUUGCUGGAGGGUCUCCAACUCUGCAAUCCAAUCGUGUCGCUGCUGAGAAACCCAAUGAAAGGCAGAAGAGCUUCUCUGCAUCAGAAGUCUCAGCUAAUGUUUUGGGAACUGGCUAUCAGGCUCCAGAAGCAUUGAAGGUGGUGAAGCCAUCACAGAAAUGGGAUGUUUACUCAUAUGGUGUGAUUUUGAUAGAGAUGAUCACAGGAAGGUUGCCCAUUGUCCAUGUGGGAAACUCAGAAAUGGAUCUUGUCCAAUGGAUUCAGUUCUGCAUUGAGGAUAAGAAGCCACUCUCAGAUGUAAUAGACCCAUAUCUCCCUGAAGAUGCAGAUAAGGAAGAGGAGAUUAUUGCAGUUUUGAAGAUUGCAAUGGCUUGUGUCCAUAGCAGCCCCGAGAAGAGACCGACAAUGAGGCAUGUUCUUGAUGCUUUGGAUAGGUUGUCCGCUUCUUCUGAUUGAGAAAUUCUAGGAAUAAUAAUCUGUGAAUGAAUUGUGAAUACAGUUCAUUUGUGCAGCUUUAUGUUUGGUCAUGCUUAAUGGUUUCAAGCUUGUUACUUAGUUUUGUCAGAGUUUCACCAUAGCUCCUUGUAAUUGAAGUGCUGAGAGAAUGAUGAAGCAUUUUGUUUGAGGCAAUGCAACCUGAUGAGUCUCAUUGUUAUUUACCAUUACAAAGGAACUGCAUUGCAUGUUGAGAAGUUGGUAUUUACACAACAUUCACUGAGAUAGCUAUAAGAAGCCUAUAAAAACUCAAAAAAUAAUUGUAUCAGCUGAUCUCACAUGAUAAAAAUAAACUUAUGAGUUUUU